UAUGAAAUUUCAAAGGGAGCAUUAUUCUCCCCAGUCUUUAUAAGGGAUGUUGCCAUGGGUUCAUACACCACAGGUGAUACUGACACCAUGAGUACUACCAAGAUAUUCCUCCUUCUUUUCUCAGUGGCCAUAUUGGCCCUGAGCUCAGCUCAAACUGAAAAUUCGGCUGAAAGCCAAGCACCACAGCAAUCUGCAGAACCAGCUCCACCUCCCGAAUCAGCUCCAGCUCCCGCCGAAAACCAAGAACCACAGCAAUCUGCAGAACCAGCUCCAGCUCCAGCUCCCGAACCAGCUCCAGCUCCCGCUGAAAACCAAGCACCACAGCAAUCUGCAGAACCUGCUCCAGCUCCAGCUCCAGCUCCCGGUAAGUAGCAGUCUUUCUGUCCAUCAGUCAAUCUUUCCUGUAUUCUUAUUGUCCAAAAGGUGUUGUCUCUCAUUGUAGAACACUUGAACACUUUUUUUCCUUAAAGAAAGCAACCAAUGAAUCAAUGGCUAAUUAUUAAUAGAAAGGAUCAAGUUAAUAGGGAGUAUUCUCACUUUCCAUAGAGUAUGCAUGGUGUACACAGGCAAAUAAUCCAGAAUUGCCAUCCAUUUUUCAGGCUCAGAUUUGGGGCUGGGCAAUAGAUUCUCUUACCUUCUAUCCAAAA